AUUGAUUUCACAGUCAGAAAAAGUUCCGAAAUAUGAAACCCAUUUACUUCGUACUCUGCGUGUUUUCGCUGUGCCUUGUUUAUUUGACCAGUGCCGAAAUAGGCGAAACUGGGGAGACCGAGAGGUUCAAGAAGUACUCCGCAUCUUGCAAGGAAAUAAACCCCAAGAAGAGUGGUGUUCAAAAGAUCAAAGUGGGCAAUGAUGUAAUCGAGGUUUAUUGUGAUUCGACCAUUGCUGGAAGAGGGUGGCUGGUAGUCCAGCGAAGAGUCAGUGUCGAGACGAACUUCUUCCGCAAUUGGACCUCCUAUGAGGCUGGUUUCGGUGACCUCAAGGGAAACUUCUUCAUCGGUCUGAACAAUCUGAACAAGAUUACGGCCCUCAACCCUCAGGAGCUGUACAUCCAAUUGGUGGACUUCAGAGGAGAGGAGCGCUAUUCCCACUACAACCUGUUUAACGUCGGCAAUGUGUACAGUAACUACUCGCUGACACAGCUAGGCCUCUACAGUGGAUCCGCCGGAGAUAGUCUGAAAUACCAUCUCUACCAGCCCUUCAGCACUUUUGAUAGGGAUCACGACAAUAGCACCACCAAUUGUGCCGCCAGGUUCAAGGGAGCUUGGUGGUACAAAGAUUGCCUUUCUAGCAAUCUGAAUGGUGCCUAUCUGGGUGGUAACUACACCGAUCCCGAUCUCCUGGGCUCUGGAAUCACUUGGGGCGAGUGGAAGGGCUUCUCGUACAGCUACAAAACUGUCACUAUUAUGGUGCGCCCUAGAUAAACCUUAGGCCCAUGUGUAAAUCAUCGAAAAUUGUGAGAUACAAUUUACAAUUUAUUAAAAGAUUUGCAAAAAAAAUAAAAAU